AUGGAGACGCUUGCCAUCCUUAUCCUCGUCUUUUUCACUAUUAAACACGGAGGAGCUGAACCAAAUAACGUAUACCAAGAGGUUCGGGUUGGAUUGGUUGUGGAGUUUGGUUCUGCUGAAGGAAAGAUCCUCAAAAAUUCGUUUUCAUUAGCCCUCUCAGAUUUUUAUCGCAUCAACAAUGGCUAUCGAACCAGAGUCUCUGUUUUAGCCAGAGACUCCCGAGGAGACCCUCUCCUUUCUCUAGCUGCCGCUACAGAUCUUAUCAAAAAAACAAAAGUGGAAGCCAUUGUUGGUGCACAAUCACUACUGGAAGCAAAGCUCUUGGCAGCUGUUAGCGAGAAGGCUAAAGUUCCAGUUGUAUCUGCCCUGGCACCAAGUUCCUUGUCCUUGAAGAAAUACAAUCACUUUCUUCAGUUAACUCACGAUUCAACAUCAGAGGCUAAAGGAAUCUCGAGACUCAUACAUGAUUUCAACUGGGAAUCAAUUGUGGUUAUAUACGAGGAGGGCGUUGAUGACUGGAGAGAGGGUCUGCAAAUACUUUUGGAGCAUUUCCAAGAUGAUGGAAUCCACAUCGAUCGUACUGUUUCUUUUGCUGAAUCAAGAGAAGAUUAUACUGUGAUGAAUCAGCUACGGAAGCUGAUCAAGUCCUCAAGAUCAGCAGUUUUCGUGGUGCAUAUGUCUGAGACUCUUGUUUCUCGUCUCUUCCGAUGUGCGGAGAAGUUAGGAAUGAUGGAAGGAGGGUAUGCUUGGAUCCUCACAGCGAGAACCAUGAAUAAGUUUUAUCACUCGGAUCACAGGUCGAUGCAAGGGGUCAUUGGUUUCAGAUCCUACAUUCCAGAGUCUGAAGAACUUACCAAUUAUACUUCAAGAUUGAAGAAAUUAAUGGUUGGUGAUGAUGAUGAAAAUGCCAAGAUGGAAACAAAGCUAACUAGUGUAUGUGCACAUGAUAUUGCAUUUAUUCUAGCAAAAUCAAUAGAGAAGAUAGGGAGGCUAAGAGAAUCUUCACAUCUAUCACCAUCAGAUCUUCUUGAGGAAAUUAAGAAGAGUAUAUUUAAGGGUUUGAGUCAUGCUGACAUUGGUCACAAAUUUCUUUCAGGAUCAGGAAUAUUUGAGAUUGUGAAUAUGGUAGGAACAGGGGAAAGAAGAAUAGGAUUAUGGAGUUGUGAUCAUUUCGUUGGAAGAAGAAACAUUAUGGCUUCUUCUGUUAAUGAACUUGAAACCAUCAUCUGGCCUGGUGGGUCUUCUAGAAUCCCGGGACACCGUUUUCUAGCAGAGAACGGUGGAAGGAAGCGGCUCAGGGUCUUGGUUACCUCAAAUAACAGGUUUCCGCAUCUGGUGGCGGUGCGUCAUGAUCCUGAAACGGGUUUUAGUACUGUCACUGGAUUCUCCAUAGAAGUUUUCAAGACUUGUAUUGCUUCUUUUAACUAUGAGCUGGAAUUCAUACCUUAUGAUGGAGACAACUAUGACAAACUUGCUUUUGAGUUAUCUACUCAGAGAGACAAAUAUGAUGCAGCUGUUGGUGACAUCUCCAUUACUUCCAACAGAUCUUUGUAUGUUGAUUUUACCUCGCCUUACACUGACAUGGGUUUUGGAGCCCUGGAACUAAAGAAAAAGAGAGAGAGCAUGUGGACUUUCUUUGACCCUUUUGACAUAUCCUUAUGGCUAACAAGUGGAGCUUUCUUCAUCUUGACCGGCUUUGUUGUUUGGUUGGUUGAACGGGCGGUUAAUCCUGAGUUCCAAGGCACUUGGGGGCAGCAACUUGGUAUGAUUCUCUGGUUUGGUUUCUCUACUCUUGUGCUUCCUCAUGGAGAGAAGCUUCAAAAAAUGUCAUCAAGAUUUUUAGUCAUAGUUUGGGUUUUUGUGGUGCUGAUAUUGACUUCAAGUUACAGCGCAAAUUUGACAUCAACCAAGACAAUUUCUCGCAUACAAAUAAGCCAGCUGGUUAGCCCUGAGAAGGUUGAAGUUUAUAGAAGAAACAUUUUGUAUAACUUUGAGGAUAACGCUCAAGCUUUAAGGAACGGAACUAUCAGUUAUGUAGCCGCUGAAACGCCGUAUCUCCUUGUCCUUCUUGGACAGUAUCCUGGUGUCUUCAACAUGAUAGUUAAAGAGAGUGGUGGAAACGGCUUCGGAUUUAUGUUUCAGAGAGGGUCUGGUUUGGUUGCUAACGUGUCCAGAGAAAUCAUUAAGCUAAGAUCAUCAGGAAUGUUGAAAGACAAAGAGAAAAGAUGGUUCCAAAAGAUGGAUUCUUUUACUCUAAACCCAAACACCGACACGUCUGAAAACGAUGAUGCAUCUAAGCGUCUAACCAUUCAAGAGUUGGGUGGUCUGUUCAUCAUUGCUGGGGUUGCCCAUGCUCUUGUACUAGUUGUGCAUCUCUUUCAUACGCGUGGAGAGAUAUUGCGUGUUUUGUGGGAGUCUCGACUGUUCCUCAAGCUGCAAAGCUUCUCAUGCUUGGAUAAGUAA